UCCUACCAGCGCGUUACUAAACGAGAAAGCCUCGACAGGAAAAACGCAUUUUUGUGGCAAGCUGAGCUUUCUUGCGGGGAAGUUUUGUUUUUAUUCAUGAUACUGCAAAUAUUUUAGAGGAAUUUGUUUGAAAUACGGUCAAUCAAUUUCGUUUAAUUUUUCUGGCGGUACGUAUAGCCUGGUUCUGCGACCCGUUGUGCUAACGAUGCUAGGAUACUUCCCGCUGGCGCUUCUAGCGCUACUGUCCGGUGAGGUCGUCGCGGGACCGAAGGUGGUCAAGAAGCCGCCCCGCGCCCGCCCGUGCCUGGACCUCCCGGAUGAGAUCCUGGAGCAGAUGUUCGGCCGGCUCUCGGUCGGCGUCCUCAGUGCCUUCCACCACACGCUACAGCUAGAGCCCACGGACACGAGGAAUCUCACCUGCCCGUCGGGGGGUCGCCCGAACCAGAGCAGCGAGUCCAGUGUUGCCGUCAACCUGCUCAGCAUCUCCCCCUGGGCGUACAGGAUAACUCACGACGCAGCGAGGUUCCCGCGCUACAUCCCGGAGGCGUACUGCCUGUGCGCAGGCUGCCUGACGGGGCCCCUUGGGCAGGAGAGUGGGCUCUACCGCAGCACCCCCGUCUACAUGCCCACCGUCAUCCUGAGGCGAACCGGCUCCUGUGCGGGCGGACGCCACACCUACACCGAGAGCUACGUCUCCAUCGCGGUGGGCUGCACCUGCGUGCCGCUGCUCCAACACCACCCCACCACCACCCAGAGCCAGGGCACGCAGGGACGGAGGCCCGGAGGGGUCACAAAGCACAACCACUCUGCCAACUGAGUCUCCCUGCGAAUGGACCCGUUCAGAUCAGACGUCAAACCGAGGCCCUGGAGUCCCCGGAGUCAUUAAAGACCCCAUGACACUGUUCACAGAGAAUUGGCCAAAAAAAAGUGUUCUCUCCCUCUCCACUUCAGGUUAUGUGUGGUGAUUUGAGCAGUCUGGAGCAAAAUGGCUGCUGUUGCAUCACCCAGGUGGGCACUACACAUUGGUGGAGGUUGACAUUGAGUUCCCCUCAUUAUUGUAAAGUGCUUUGAGUAUGAGAAAGGGGCUAUGAUAAUGCAUGGAAUAAUAAUAAUGUGAAUUUCGGUUAAUAGAGAAUGGUAUGAGUUCAGCGGAACUGAGAAGGAUAGGUCGGACAGCAAUAUUCAUAUCUUCUGAUAAGUUGAGAGGCCAAGAUUAGAUGACUUACAUUUCAAAUUAGUUUCUCACUCAUAAAGCAAAUACUGCCAUCUGCUGAAAUCCUGUGGUCAUAACAUCACGACUGUACAGUUUAGAAAUCUGCAGGGUGUGAGGUAGUUUUAUUGUGCCACGAAAUUAAAUCAGAGGACUUGCAUUUAUAUAUAAUCAUAAUUAUUAAUAAAUACUUAUUUUUACCGCUGUGUUUAUAAUAGCUAACACGUGUACAUUCUGUAGGCUAUUUGCCAUAUGUAAUUGGAAUUUGGCUCCAACCUUUACCCCUUACCUAUGAAAUGUGUAUAACGCUCAUGGUUUUGUAAACUUAUAUUUGUAUUUAAAAAAUAAUAAUACAAUAAACCAUUAUUAAAUAUGC